UUGGCUAUGUGGUCACAAGCAGCGAAUUAUCGACCGAGUUGCGAGAAAAAUUAAAUUGUGUAAACGUCGUUUGAGAGAGCUUGCAAAAAAGCAGCCCCCUAAAAGAAAAACCACUAAACGAAGCAAGAAAAAAUUAACAAUUAGCAAUAAAAACCUCAUACGAACAAGAAUAUCGAUGAAAAAUUUGCACAAUAAUUAAAAUUUAAGAUAUUUGAAAUCAAAAAACUGUGAAACAAAACCAAGCCACUCUACAUCAAAGUCAAUUUUUUUCGUCUUCGUCCUCUUCUAUCUAAGCAGCAAGGCAAGUAAGCAGUAGCAACCAACCCACAAGAAAAUCCAGAAAAGCUGAAGGUGAUUGAUUUUUUUUUCUCGUCGUCCGUGCAGUGAGUGUGUAUAUAUUGGCAGCAGCCGUUGUAGUUAGUUGUUGGGGAGAAAGCAGCACUUAGAGAGGAGAAAGGCAAACCAGCAAGUAGCCCAAGUUGUCGUGUGAAGUGAAAAAAACUCUUCAUUCAGUAAGCAGCCACAGCUCGCUCAACUCUCCCCCAAAGGCCAGUUUCCUUUAAUUAAAAAAGAUAAUACUACAACUACGACGAGGUUGAGCCACUAAAAUAGUAAAAUGGCUUUUGCCGGAUUUAAGAAACAGAUUAAUAAGGCCAAUCAGUAUGUGACGGAAAAGAUGGGUGGUGCCGAGGGCACCAAGCUAGAUUUGGAUUUCAUGGAGAUGGAGCGGAAAACAGACGUAACCGUCGAACUGGUCGAGGAAUUGCAGAUUAAGACGAAGGAGUUCUUGCAGCCAAAUCCCACGGCCAGAGCCAAGAUGGCAGCCGUCAAGGGCAUCUCAAAACUAUCGGGACAGGCCAAAUCGAAUACGUAUCCUCAGCCUGAAGGUCUUUUGGCUGAUUGUAUGUUGACUUAUGGCAAAAAGUUGGGUGAAGAGAGUAGUGUUUUUGCGCAGGCGCUAGUUGAGUUUGGCGAAGCGCUGCGCCAAAUGGCCGAUGUCAAGUAUUCACUGGAUGACAAUAUAAAGCAGAACUUUUUGGAGCCACUGCAUCAUAUGCAAAUGAAAGAUUUGAAAGAGGUAAUGCACCAUCGAAAGAAGCUGCAGGGACGGCGACUGGACUUCGAUUGCAAACGUCGCCGGCAGGCCAAAGAUGAUGAAAUUCGUAGUUCCGAGGAAAAGUUCGCCGAGUCGUUGCACCUUGCCCAAAUGGGUAUGUUUAAUUUGCUCGAAAACGAUACCGAGCAAGUAUCGCAACUGGUGACUUUUGCUGAGGCUCUCUACGAAUUUCACUCGCAAUGCGCAGAUAUUUUGCGCGGUCUGCAGGAGACCUUGCAAGAAAAGCGUGAAGAAGCCGAGGCACGUCCCAAACCGGAGUUUGUGCCCAAAACUUUGCUCGAUUUAAAUUUGGACGGCACGGGCAAUGACACGGAGAGCUCGGGCACACCAGCCCACCAUAGGGCGGCUGGUGCUUCUCCGCUGCCAUCGCCCAUGCGUUCGCCUGCAAAAUCGAUGGCAACCACACCGUCGCGACAACAGAUGCAGCCCUAUUGCCAGGCUUUGUAUGAUUUCGAUCCACAAAAUCCCGGUGAAUUGGGCUUUAAAGAACAUGAGAUAAUCACGCUUCUGAGUCGCGUCGACGAUAAUUGGUUUGAAGGUUCACUCAACGGUCGCACAGGCUACUUUCCACAAUCCUAUGUGCAGGUGGUGGUGCCACUGCCAAAUGGCAAUUAAAGGACCUCCCCACCCUUUUACCAAAUACCAUCACAACCACCACCACCACCUCCAACCCAUACACCAAUGAUUAGAAUGACAAUGACAAUGUCUACAAAGAUACCAACACAACAACCCAAUAAGGAGGCUGCAUGCACAUGUCCUGUUGUGUGUAUGUAGGAACCACGACGACGACAAUGAUGAUGAUAAAGAUGAUGACAAUGAAGUAAAGGCGGCGUGCGUUUAGAAAAUAUUUAACCAUGAUUAUGAAAUGAAAAAAAGAACAUCUCGAAGAAUAUGCUGUUAUCAUGUAUUCACCUUGUGAGAAGGGCUAAAAGCUUAUGGAAAUAACAAUUUCAAAAUGUUGAUGGUAAUUGGUAUUUCUAACAUAUAAACACCUAAAAGGAAUUCUUUAUACUUAAUAUUAUAUUCUGAAUGUUUUAUUAGUAUUAAUAAACUGAAAUAUAAUUGUUCAAACUUUUAACAUAAUAUAUUUGUUGUUUUAGAAAACUUAAGUAGCUACAAAUUAAAAUUAAUGGCCAAAAAAUUGUAAUUAUUUACAAAUGUUUAGCGUUUUUGGUUUAUCUAUUCUAUAGUUUGUCGUUUUUUUUUUUUUUUGAUUUUAAUCUAAAUUUCAUUGAUAAGUCUUUUUCACAUACCGCUUUAAAAUUAUGGUCUUUUGUUUUUGUUUAUAUUUUCCUUAUACUAUAUACAUUUUAAUCAUUAAAUGCAAAAACCACCAACAAUUUUAUCGCCUAUGAGUGGUUUCCCUCGCCUACAUUGCAAACAAAUGGGAAUUUUUAUGUCAUGUAAGACUCAUUUGGAAACAAACGACUUUUGCCCUUUGUACAUCAAUCAAUGCCUAUUUAAGGAGGUAUUAGUAUGUAUUGCUAUAUAAGUAAAUUAAUGAAAAAUGGAUCUUUCAUUCAAAGCAGAUUUUUACAAUGACCACAAUUUGAUUAAAUUGACCGCAGGUGUACCCCAGGGCUCUGUUCUUUCUCCUUCUCUUUUUCUUAUUUUCGUCCACGAUCUGGUCUCUGUUCUUUCUCCUUCUCUUUUUCUUAUUUUCGUCCACGAUCUGUUGGGUCAGACAUCGAAUCCGAUCUACUCAUUUGCGAAUGACAUUAAUCUCUGACUAAUGACAGUAAUCUCUGUCAUUCGUACUCAUUCAACCAUAGGCCGAGUCUUGGAAAGAUUGAGGACAAAAGGUGGAUUAUAAAUGAUAUACUCAGCCAGGAUUUUCCGACCUUUUCUGGGUGGGGUCGAAUGAAUCGAGCAGAUUUUAAUGCACGAAAAACUCAGUGUUUCUUUUUUAUUGCAAUGACCAAAAUUUGAUUAAAUUGACCGCAGUUGUACCCCAGGGCUCUGUUCUUUCUCCUUCUGUUUUUCUUAUUAUCAUCAACAAUCUGUUGGGUCAGACAUCGAAUCCGAUCUGCUCAUAUGCGGAUGACAGUAAUCUCUGACUAAUGACAGAAAUCUCUGUCAUUCGUACUCAUUCAACCAUAGGCCGAGUCUUGGAAAGAUUGAGGACAAAAAGUGGAUUAUAAAUGAUAUACUCAGCCAGGAUUUUCCGACCUUUUCUGGGUGGGGUCGAAUGAAUCGAGUAGAUUUUAAUGCACGGAAGACCCAGAGUUUUUUUUUUUCAUUGCAAUGACCAAAAUUUGAUUAAAUUGACCGCGGGUGUACCCCAGGGCUCUGUUCUUUCUCCUUCUGUUUUUUUAAUUUUCAUCAACGAUCUGUUGGGUCAAACAACGAAUUCGAUCAACUCAUUUGCGAAUGACAGUAAUCUCUCACUGAUGACAGAAAUCUCUGUCAUUCGUACUCAUUCAACCAUAGGCCGAGUCUUGGAAAGAUUGAGGACAAAAGGUGGAUUAUAAAUGAUAUACUCAGCCAGGAUUUUCCGACCUUUUCUGGGUGGGGUCGAAGAAAUCGAGUAGAUUUUAUUGCAUGGAAGACUCAGUGUUUUUUUUUUUUUUUUUUUGUUGCAAUGACCACAAUUUUCUCCUUUUGUUAUUUUUCUUUUUUUUUUCUUAUUUUCAUCAACGAUCUGUUGGGUCAGACAUCGAAUCGGAUCUACUCAUUUGCGGAUGACAGUAAUUUCUGUCAUUCGUACUCAUUCGAUCUUGGAGAGAUUGAGGACAAAAGUUGGAUUAUAAAUUAUGCACUCUGCCAGGAUUUUCUGAUCAUUUCUGAGUAGGGUCGUAUGAAUCGAGUAGAUUUUAAUGCAUGGAAGACUCAGUGCUGCUUGUUGUCACACAAACGAUUCGCUGAUCCAUUACGAUCAUCUUUGUCCAUUAACGGUAUAGAUGUUGAGCGAACAGAAGCUCUUGUUGUUCUGGGCAUGAGAAUACAAAGUGAUGUCCUUUAUGCUAAACAUGUAUUUGAAGUGUCGAAAGAAGCAUUUAAGUGUUUAGACUUCCUUAAACGGUCUAAGAAUUACUUCACUCCGUCUGAUCUUUUUAACAUAUACACCACUAUCAUAAGGCCGAAAAUGGAGUACUAACUCACAUGUAUGGGCUGGAGCUUCAAAAUCAUCCCUGUAGCUGGACCGUGUACAAAAGAGAGCGAUGGCGUUGGAUUGGGUACAGUAGGGUAUGCAACUCUAUUGCCUCCCUUGAACAACGUCGUAAUGUGGGUUGUUUGACGAUGUUCUAUCGGUGGUUGUUGUUGUUGUUGCAGCAGUGUAUUAUAAACUGAGGCGGCAGCCCUUGGAAGAAGAACUCGAUUUGGGUCAAUCCGGUACGUACAAACGGCUGCCAUGGAAUUGUGUUCUAUCGGUACUUUCAUGGUGUGUGUUUGUCUGAUAUUCAUCUUCUUUUUCCUGAUGAAAAGAUAUUUGUCAGGGAUAAUUGAUUCGCCCGAACCGUUCGUAUGUGGAAUCGACUUCCGGCUAAUGUUUUUCCCACAUUAGCAGUGUCAAUAAACACUACAUCUUUUUCGCCCCCCUUCCAAUUCCUAAUUUCCUUUCGCCAAUGCAAUGCACUGCAUCCAUAGGGGACAUCCCUUGCGUGGUUAAUAGAAAAAAAAUUUAAUUGAAACUGCUUCAAUCACGAAAAUGAUUAUAUACAAUUAAAAAAUUGCAUAUUCAAUUAAAAAAUGAUUGAAAUUUUUGAAGUUUUCAAUUGACCCAUUAAAAAAUGAUUGAAUUUUGAAAUUUUCAAUUGAUCCAAUUAAAAAGUUAUUGAAAUGUUUGAAGUUUUCAAUUGGCCCAUAAAAAAAAUGAUUGCAUUUUGAAAUUUUCAAUUAAUUUUUUAAUUGACCCCAUUAAAAAGUUAUUGAAAUUUUUUUAAAAUUCUAAUUUUUUUAUAUAUUUGGUACACAGAAGUUUACCUCCUGGAACAUGAGCUUGGGGUGCGUUGUAAGGGCAAAUAUCCGUGCGCUCCCGUAUAAAAAAAGUUUCCCCGCGGGGGUUCUUCAAAAUAUUUCGGGUGUCGGGUAGCCGUACCGUACAGAUUUGUUGUUGUUGUCGUAGCAAUGUGUGCUGCACUGAGGCGGCAGUCCUUGCCCGAUGAAGUACUCCAUAGGGUUAAUUCGGCACCUAGAACCGGCUGGCAUGGUUUUGCUAUUGAGUUGUCGAAAUGUGGGACGUAUGGGUCUUUGAAAUUUCCUUUCUUUAUAUUGUAGGGGGCAAAAUAGCCUUUUAUUGAAUAUAUUUAAGCAACAUAUUUGAAAAAAAUUAUUGAAUAAAUUAUUUUAUUACGAUUUUUCAGAUUCAAUUAAAAAAUAGCCGAAUCAAUUUUUUAAUUGAAAAUGACAAAUAUAGACUAAUCUGAUUUAAAGUCUUGGGCCCAUAAAAGGUGCAUUUAUUGUCCGAUUACGUUGAAAUUUGAGACAGUGAGUUGAGUUAGGCCCUUCGUCAUCUCUCUUUAAUUUGGCACAGAUUGGUCCAGAUUUGGAUAUAGCAGACAUAUAGACCGAUCUCUCGAUUUAAGGUUUUGGGCCUAUAAAAGGCGCAUUUAUUGUCCUAUUUCGCCGAAAUUUGGAACAGGUUGUUAAGAUAGGCCCUUCGACGUCUUUCUGCAAUGUGGCCCAGAUCGGUCCAGUUUUGGAUAUAGCUGCCAUAUAGAUUGAUCUCUCGAUUUAAUGUCUUGGACCCAUAAAAGGCGCAUUAAUUGUCCGAUGUUUUUAUUUUUAGUUAAUAUUUUUUUUCUUUUUUUUUAAUUUUUACAAAAUAUUUUAUAAUUUUUUUAAAUUUUCUUUUAUUCCAGCCUCCAUCACUAGGCCCCAAUAUUGCCAUACAUAAGAAGAGAUAUCUAAUUAAACUUCUUCAUAUCACAUACACAUACAAUAGAAUAAAUUGUUUUACGUUGGUAGUCCAACCCUAAAAAUUUUAAGUUUUAUUUUUAAUUUUGUUUAGUUAUUACCCUAAGCUGCAUAAAUCCAAACAAUUCCUUUGUUGCUACUAGUAACUGCUUGUUUACAAAGCAAAAUAUAAAUGUUUUUAUAAUGUAAUGCAAAAACAAAAGAAAAAAACCUAAAAAGAAUCAAAAUUCUCUAAAAACUGCUCUUCUAUUACUCUCCUUCUCUGUCUCUUUAUAUAUUAUUAUUAUUAUAAAUAAAUGUGUGUUGUUUAAUUUUGUUAUUUAUUAUUAUUCUAAUUAUAACUAUUAUUAUGUAUUAUUAAUUAUUAUUACAAUUAUAUUAAAUUAUACAAUAUAUGGAAUUAUUAAGGCUAAAAUUAAUGAUUAAAAAUUAAUAAGUUAAAAAAGAAAAUAACAUGAAAUAAAUUAUUAUUAAUAAACUAAAUUAUAUACAUGUAUAUUUAUUAAUAAAACAAACAAACAAACAAAAAAGAGAAAAACAGCAAACUUAUAUUUAUUAUUAUUUUGAUUAUAAUAUGAAAAAAAAAACAAAAGCAAACUAAACGAAUAUUAACCAUAAAACUCUUUGGUGCUAUAAGAAGAGUUUUGUUUUUUUAGGAAAAAUCAAUCCCCAUAGGAAAGAACAACAAAUAGUCAAGUAAAAGCAGGCUCCUAGAUGAUGAACAUGACGAUGAAGAUUAUACAACAUUAAAAAUCAACCAAAAACAAAAACAACAAUAACUUAUUUAUUAUCAUAACUUUAAAAAAAAAAAACUUAACAAACAAAGUUAAGACAAAAAAAGACAAGAUAACAAGACAAAAACAACAACUAUCUCUAAUGAAGAAAAUAGAGAAAAAGUAUAAAAUAUAUAUAUAACCUCCUCUCUACUCCUUCUACCUACCCUCCUACUAAUAAAAAUAAAAACUACAACAUUUAGUAAAAAACAAUAAUAAAAAAAUUCCAAAACCCCCAAAAACUGUCUCAUGUUGGAAUAUUAAUUAUAUAUAUAUAUUAUACAACCACUAAACUUAUAUAUAUAUAAAAAAAAUAACUAACAUAAAACAAUAAUAUUUAUAAAAUAAACUAUAAAAAAAACAACCUAAAAAAAGUUUGGAAAUAUGUAUGGAAAAUAAAACGAGAUAUUAAACAGAGUUUCGCUAAGGAAAAUCCUUAAUCUAUUAAGCCUAUACAAGCCGUGGAAGAAGAAGAACCCUAACAAGAAUAUACUCCGUAUGUAAAAUUACAAAAACCGAUUUAAAAACAAAAAUUGAAAAAAAAAAACACAACACAAAAGUAUGUAUGAUUUAUGAAAAUAUUUUUUUUUUUUGGGAUUUAAAAACAAAUGAACUCAAAACAAUAAUAAUUGUAAUUUUCAAAAAACAAAAAAGUAACAAAACUACCACAGUUAUAUUUAUUAAUAAUACUAAAAAUAAAAAUGAAAGAUUAUAUUAUUACAAAGUAUGACAA